AUGACGGACCUCAAGCAGGAGCAUGCAGUUCAUGUUGAACAGCCGACCACAUACGCGCCCGACGAUAAGUUGCAUCAGACAGUCACUAAUGCAUCUACCAUCGAUGGCGAUGAUCUUGAAAAGAAACAGGUCGCUGGCUUUGAUUAUUCAGGUGCCCAUGAGAAGACCGAUCCAAGGGAAAUAGCUCUAGUGAAGAAGCUGGAUCGGUGGAUCAUGCCGAUGCUAUGGAUCAUGUACUGGCUGAACUAUCUCGAUCGCAACGCAAUCGCACUCGCCCGCUUGAACGGCAUGGAAGACGACCUAGGACUUGAAGGCUCACAGUACAAUACUUGCAUCUCGACCCUCUUCGUCGGCUACAUCCUGGGCCAAGUGCCAUCCAACAUGCUUCUGACUCGCGUGCGACCUAGCUGGUACAUGGCAGGCUUCAUGGCGCUGUGGGCCAUCGUGUCAUCGAUGACGGCGCUGAGCCAGAACUUCACUGGGCUAUUGUUGACGAGAUUCUUCUUGGGAGUUACUGAGGCUCCGUACUAUCCUGGUGCUUUGUACAUUCUUAGCAUCUUCUAUACCCGUAAGGAGAUCGCUACUCGCAUUUCGAUCUUGUAUACUGGCAACAUCCUUGCAACAGCCUUUGCCGGUCUCAUCGCUGCUGGCAUCUUCAGUGGCAUGGACGGACUUGCCGGGGUGGAGGGUUGGAGAUGGCUGUUCAUCCUGCUCGGCAUCAUCACUUUCGUGAUCGCCGUGGCAUCAGCUUUCGUACUACCCAACGACCCUACACAGACCUGGUGGCUUACAAUAGAAGAGCGCGAGCUUGCCAAUGGCCGUAUAGUGUCCGACACGGUUGGUGGGAAGUCGAAGACCAGCACAGUCGCUGGCCUAAAAGAAGCCGCCUCCGAUCCCAAGGUCUGGUUGUUCGCCUUCAUGCAGCAUAUGCACCUGGCGGCGAACGGCUUCAAGAACUUCUUCCCGACCGCCGUUGAGACUCUGGGCUUCACGGACACCAUCACCCUUGUGCUUACUUGCCCACCAUAUCUCAUUGCUGGUUUCAUCAGCAUUGCCUGGUCAUGGUCUAGUGGACGCUUCAACGAGCGUACAUGGCAUAUUACCGCGGCUAAAGCCGUAGCCGUCUUUGGAUUCGUCCUUGGCUGUGCAACGCUCAACACUGGAGCCAGGUACUUCUCGAUGUGUGUCUUCGCCAUCGGUACAUAUGCUGUCAAUAGUAUCAUCUUAGGCUGGGUCAGCAGCACAUGCGGGCAGACGAAGGAGAAGAAAGCCAGUGCUCUGGCGAUCGUCAACACUAUUGCCAAUGCAAGCUUCAUUUGGACUCCCUACCUCUGGCCAAAGUCGGACGCGCCACGGUAUGCUAUCGCGAUGGCGUCGAGUGCCGGUUUUUCGAUCGCUGCCGCUGGCGCUGCUUGGGUCAUGAAGGUGUGGUUGAAGAAGCUGAACAACAGGCUGAGGCAGACUGAAGACGAGACGAUCUUGCGAUACGCUUACUGA